CAAUAUAGCGGCGUGUCGUGUUGUUUCACCCCUGUCGUGUUUUUAAGAAACACAUUUCACGCUUACAUCGAAGCUCGCCAGCUAGCAUGCUAAGGCUAGCGAGUGAACCCAAGAUAACGUUCUGCCAACUUUAAACGUCAUUUAACCUUUCGUCUAUUUACGUCUCCAGGUAAACACGUUUUUCCCAAAAUAGUUUGAAGUGACUAUAGAAAUGUGGAGGCGUGUGUACGCCAGCAUCCUUCAACGAGCGUCAAGAGGCACCGAAUUCCCCAAUGCAACACAGUGUUUCCCCUUUGAAGAAUUCCUGCGUGGCCGGCGGUGUCACUCUUCCUCCCGGGUUGGAGAGCACAAGUUGUGUAUAUGUGACAGGUGGGGAAGCCAACCUGCACGCCACCUCUCCACACGCCAGCAUUUUGACUUUCAGCUCAGUAGGGUUCAGAUCAACAGCAUUCUGCGAUCACACGAGCAGAGUGUGAGCAUACCAGACUUUGAUGCAAGGGGCGUCAGGCUGGUGAGAAAAUUUGAGAGCAACCAGUUAGCCGCCAACACCCCCAAUGAGGAUCGACGCAGCGCAGCCACCUGUUUGCAGGCGAAGGGCAUGCUCUUCGGCGUGUUUGACGGUCACGGUGGCUGGGCGUGCGCGCAGGCGGUCAGCGAGCGCUUGCUAUACUACAUCACCAUCGCCAUGAUGCCCAAAAGGAGCCUGGAGGAGCUGGAGGUGUGCAUGGAGCAUGGCCGACCCCUUCCAUCCAUAUUGCGGUGGUAUAAGCACCAUGCAGAUUUCAACUACAUGGAUCAGCUCAGAGUCUUCUGGCAGGAGUUGCUGGACAGCCAUGAACACGGGGAAGGCAUGUGCCCUUCAGAUGCCAUGCAUUAUGCCUUCAAACGUCUUGACGCUGACAUCUCUUUAGAAGCUCAAGUUCCUCUCUCCUGCGACCUGAUGAGAAGCAUGGCCAUCCAGGUGGCGUUUGCCGGCUCCACAGCCUGUGUGGCUCACGUGGGCCCUGAUGGGAUCCACGUGGCCAACGCCGGGGACUCCAGGGCUGUUUUAGGUGUUCAGGAGGCAGACGGCUCGUGGAGCGCCGUGCCACUUUCUCAGGACCACAACUGUCAGAACCGCGCUGAAGUGGAGCGGAUUAUGUCCCAACAUCCGUCCUCGGAGAGGAACACAGUGGUUACAGAUGAGAGACUUCUUGGGGUGUUGAUGCCCUCGCGUGCGUUUGGUGACGUAAGGUUCAAGUGGAGCCACCAGUUGCAACAGAACAUCUUAGAAAGCCUGGAAACAGGAGUGGACCUGGACUCUCUCAACUUGUACAACUACACUCUGCCCAACUACGGGACACCGCCUUAUCUCGAUGCGGCGCCGGAGGUCACCUGUCACAAAGUGAGACCACAAGACCGCUUCCUUAUCCUCGGGACGGACGGCCUCUGGGAUGAAUUGAGGAACGAGGAGGCGGUGAGACUCGUUGGUGAGCACCUGAGCGGCAUUCAUCUGCAGGCUCCGGUCUCCAAGUCGGAGCGGCGGCUCAAACUAGGUCAGAUGCACGAACUCCUGCUCAAACGUCAGGCCCGCGCCUCGCCCGCCGCGGACGACAACGCCGCCACGCACCUCAUCAGACACGCGUUGGGCACAGGUGAGUACGGUGAGCUGUGCCAAGAGAGGUUGGCCUCCAUGCUGGCCCUGCCAGAGGACCUGGCCCGCAUGUACCGGGACGAUAUCACGGCCACAGUGGUGUAUCUGAACGGCGAUUUGACCGGAUCUCAUCGCAAUUAGCAACAUCUGCUGCUUACAUUUUUUAAAGUAUACAUGUCUCCGUUUACUGGUGUGUGUUUUGUACAAAUCAGCUCCUUUAGAGUCAGAUGUGUCAGGUCAAAUGAAAAAGCACAUUGCUUUGUCUAGUUUCAGCACUUUUCCCCAGGUCCAUAGUGAAUAACGCACACAUUGUUGUUCUUGUCUUAUCUCCUGUUCAGUAAGUGCUGUUGACCUUUCAUAUGGGGCACUUUUUUUUCCUUUUUACCCGUUACUGAAUUUAAUGUUUGAGGUACUCGUGUUUAUGUUUCAGUACAUUUUAUUUUAACAAUAACUAAAUGAAGGGAAGAUUAAAACAUAUUUAAUAUAUAGAUGACAUGAUUUGAAUUGGUUUCUGUUGAAUAAAAGCACAAUUUUUCUAAAUAAAGCGGGUCAAUCUGC